UUUCUCUGUGUGCCCAUGCGCGUGUGUGUCUCUGUGGCUCCUCUCUCUGCUUAUGUGCCUGUAUAUGUGUCUCCGGUUCUGUGUCUUAUCUCUCUCUUAAAUCUAGCAGCCUUUGGAAGAACGCAAUCAACCAGGUUGCCAUCAUGAUAUCGAACGUGGUGUCCCGUGUCGUGUCACGUGUUAGCCACCUGGGCUUGCGAGCGCGAGACGCACGCGCCGUGGCCACGGACCUCGUGACCAAGUACUGCUUCCACGUGACCGGAGCACGAGCUGCCAGGACUGGGAUGGGAGUGUGCCGUCAAUGGGCACUGAGGCAGGGAGAUGCCGCCUUUAUUAUCAGCGAUGUCAACUCAGAGGAAUCGGUGCCAAACGCUUACCCCGAGGAUGGUGAGGAGGGUCUCCUGUACGACGCGCUCACCCCACUCACCUCGGUCACCGGCUCGGUGUCAAACAUCGCCCUGGAGGUGUGUGCAGGUGUGGAUUUAUGCUCCCUCGUACGCUCCCUGGAAAACUCCGGGGUUCAGGUUCUGGUUCAGCCCCGCGCCGCCUCGGCCACACACCCAGAUGUGCGCUAUGCCGUGGUGGCGUCGUGCGUGGGGGGCGUGCGUCACACGCUGCUCUCGCGCCCCCCUUCAGACUCCCCCACGGCCACCCUCCCCGGGUUUACCUUCACCCCCGAGUGGGCCCACAUACAGCGACCGGCUGGUGAGGACCACUUGAGCCACGUGGAUCACGUGACCUUGGCGUGUGCUCAUGGGUCAUCGCGUGAUGCCAUGGCCUGGUACACCACCCACCUGGGCUUCCAGAGAACGCCCAUCAACAAAGCGGACACGGAGCAAGGCGGGUUUGUGCUGGACGGCGGGGGCGUGGGGUUGAAAUUGAGGGCCAUCGACCUCGGAGUUGGGGCCGCGCAGGAGGAGCGCGUAUUCAAGAUGGUGUUGAGCGAGUCGCUGCCUGGACACGGCCCGAACCAGGUGGACGCGUUCUUGGAGACGCAGGGCGGCCCUGGUGUACAGCACGUGGGGCUGCACACGGCAGACAUUGCACGGUGCGCACGCGCGCUCAGCGACAGCGGCGUGGCCUUCUACAGCCCGCCCCCUGCCUACUACUCGCACCUGAGUGGAGUGGACUUCUCGGGCCUGGAAAUGGAUCCACUGAAAUCUCACGGCAUUCUCAUCGACUCCUCUGAACCCUACAACGACAACAACCACACCACCACCGCCACCACAAUGUCCUCCCAGUAUCUGCUGCAGGUAUUCUGUCUGCCACUGUUUGGGCCGGACUCGUGCUUUCUGGAGCUCAUCAGUCGCCACGGAAACCGCGGAUUCGGCGAGGGGAACAUCCGCGCGCUGUGGCGGUCGGUGGAGCUCUCCCGCACCUUGUCAACAUCGUCGGUUGCAGCCUCGUCAUCAACCACGGCUUAACGCAUGCUGGUGUUCCCAGCCGAUAUUGGGGUUCAUAAUUAAGUUUUGGUUUAGGGCACGGAAUGUUUGUGAGGGUAGAGUGGGUCGGGUGAACGGUAAAGUUUGUUACGGUCGUGGGGGGUGGGGGGGGGGAGCGGUUAAUGUUUGUUAGUAGUGGUGGGAGUGGGUAUCUAUAUUUUCGUAUUCAGGAAUCUAACGGCGGCGACCGCCCAGCCACUCGCAUUGCUGGUACAGCGUCUCCGUGUCUGCGGCGCGUACGAUCAGUUAAGCUGCGGGGAGCCCGGCACCGGCCUCGCUUAUGAUUUCCCUCGGCUUAGCUGGAGGCCACGGCUGCUGCUCAAGAAGCGUAAUUUGGAAGCAAUGGCCUGAGCAGACUUUUAGGGAAAGUGCUGUUAGCGAGUACCUAUGAAGGCCAACGAGGGGAUGGCGGGGGCUAUAGGUGUCCAACACCAUACCCGGCCACCUUUGUUUCCCUCGUGGCAUGGUUCAUAUUCAUUUGACCCACGCUCUCAUCCACUCGCGCACACACACCACACUGCAGUUCACGUCUGUCUGCGUUUUCCUCAAGCUGCUCCACUUUGGGAAUUCCUCUCGCCAUCAUCCUGUUUGCCAAACCCUUACAAUCAUAACCAUGCUCUGUUCAAGAAACGUGUUACAACUCGUGAGAGUGCUGUUUGUUCCUGGCAGCUUGAUGUUUGGGCCCCUUUGAGCCCACUCAAUUUGUGAUACAAUUUAUUUUCUAAUAAAUCUUCAGCCAGGCCUUGCAACACUCGC